CAUGAGACUAACCUAGAAACAAAAUAAAGGUGGGAUAAUGAGCGGAAAAGGAGAUUUUCUCAAGAUUUCUGAAUGAAAACUUAUCUGAAAAGUUUGGAAUUUUGUUAAUCGAACAUCAGUUGAGGCAAAGGUGUUAUAAAAUUUAGAGUCAGUGCGAAAAAAAUCCGUUCACUUAGGAAUUUUGACAGUGACAUCAGUGUGAAAGUGCGGGAAAGUUUCCCGGUAUAAAUCCGGUUCGAUCAGUUGGAAAAGGCUCAUUUUCCAAGGGAAAUUGAUUAUUUUGGCCAAAUGGGGGAACAUAUUCAGCAUGAUUAGUGUGACCGUGAAACUUUGUGAGCAAAGUGGUUUUAUCAAUCAGUAAUUGGCUUCGAAUAGUGAUAUUCGAUUACGUGUCUACUUUAUAUGGCCUUUAAUUUUUGGCGGGAGACCGUUUUUCAAAGCUAAAUUUCAACUACUUCCGGACAUUGGAGCUCGAAGAAAGUUAUAUUUUCGUGUUGCGGCUGAAGAGCACUAUCCAGUGAUGUGAAAAAAGUGGCAAUUUUCCGAGAUUUUCCUGAAAAGUUUACGCGCCAAAAUUGACCUAACUUCACAAGUGAACAUCUUCCUCUUUUUACAUUCUUCGAGAGCUGCGCAAGCAGCUUAGCGGUUCAUCGGAGAAGAAGAGGUGAAAACUCAUUUGGUGCUAGAACUUCGAACGUGUUGCCUCGUUGAAGUGGAAUUGUGCGGAAGCUUUCGGAGCAAGUGCGUGGACGGAUUAAGCCGGUUUGGUGGAAAAACGGUUCCCAAGUUAGGGCACUAUCCUAAUCCGUAGGAAUUUGCACUGCCAGUGGCCUACCUCGAGCCUGAAACCCGAAAAUUCGAGGGUAGUUCCCGUGCGGGAACACGGAAUUUUACCGGGAAUAAGAAGUACCUACGCUUGAGUCGAGCAUCAGCAGCGGGAGAAACCGCCUCGGGAGUUGUCCGGCCAGGAAAAGCAGUCCGCGUUGUGCUCAUGUAAAAGUGGAUUACUAUACUGAACCAGACAGUAGUUCCGGGGUUAGGCGUUUGGUGGAAACGGUCCAAGCGAGCGCCCCGGCCUUAUCGUAGAGGUGUUGGCCACUCGAAGGAGUAAGCAGUGAAUCCGAGAUCCGUGGACGAUGGAUUUGUAUAGUUCCGAAGAUGCCAGCAGAUCGUCAACGUCGGAGAUUACAGAGCCACGAAGCAGAAACAGCCGGAAGCGGAAAUACACUUCGGACGAUGCGGACAUAGAAAACCAGCGACCCAGCAAAAGGCAUGGAGGUGACCGGCGACUAUCCCCAAUCGCAGCCUCCUCGGCUCCGUCGGUGCCGAUUCCGAGCGUGGCCAGCUCGGCAGCUUCCAGCAAUAGUGUACCCAGCAUCAACAUUGGCAGUAGUGAAUACACCUCGGACACGCAAAGUUCGUCGGAUUGCUACUCCACGACGGCGGAUUUCGAGCUCUACCCGCUGGUUAGUCCGCCCUCCGUCAACAGCAUCAUCCUCAGCCCAUCAUGUGAAGUAUCACACGGCAGUUGGCACACCAAGGGUGACACAACGCCGCAUGCCAAUAGGAAGUCAUCAUCUCACAGCAAUCAGCAGCAGCAGCGGCACAAUGAGAAUAGUAACAAUAGUAGUAGUAAAUCGUCGUCCAAUGUACCACCCGCCCUUUCGUGUUGUGUCACUCCUUCGUCCGAUUUGCGAUCCUGCCCACUGCCACGGUUCGCCUGGGCAGACUCCAAUCAGGUGUGGAAGCUCAUGUGUCGGAAGGACGAAAAGGCAUCACUCGAGCGGGAGCCCAACAUGUUCGACCAACAUCCAGGUCUCCAACCACGAAUGCGUGCAAUCCUACUAGACUGGCUGAUCGAGGUGUGUGAAGUGUACAAACUACACCGGGAAACGUACUAUCUGGCAGUUGACUACAUCGAUCGGUUUCUCAGCCGAAAGAAGGAACAGAAGAAAACUCAUCUCCAGCUCCUGGGAAUAACGGCUUUGUUCGUCGCGGCAAAGGUCGAAGAAAUCUACCCCCCCAAAAUUGGCGAGUUUGCCUACGUCACAGACGGUGCCUGCUCCGAAGAUGACAUUCUUCGGGAGGAACUGCUCCUGCUGAGUGAGCUCCAGUGGAGUAUCAAUCCGGUGACGGUGAUGGGCUGGCUCGGAACGUACAUGCAAGUCAACGUAACCAGCCGGCAGAUGGAAAUGAUGCACCCGCAUUCCGUUGGAGCCUGCCGGAAGCAACAAACCACACCCUCGAAGCCACAGUUAGAUGAAUCCUUCGUUUAUCCGCAAUUUUCCGGUAUGGAAUUUGCGCAAACUGCUCAACUAAUUGAUCUUUGUUCGCUGGACGUCGGACUGGCGAACUUUCCCUACUCUGUGAUUGCCGCGGCUGCAGUUAGUCAUACUUUCGAUAGAAAAACCGCUACCAGUGUGUCCGGUUUGGACUGGGAUGCGAUUGCCCCGUGCGCCAAGUGGAUGGAACCGUACUUUCUAGUGAUUUGCGACGAGAAUGAAGUUUCUCCGCUCGCGCUACUCGAGUCCAACGAACAGGUGAAGGGCAGCUUCGGCUUGGCACACGUUUGCCCCAACCUGGUGUCGGACAGUUCUCACAUCAUUCAAACACACAGUACCUCAUUGGAUAUGUUCGAUCGGGCGUCUCUCCGCCGGGAGCAUCUCGAGGUGGUGGCCUGUAUCAUACAACAGGAAGCGUCACCUGCGCCACUACUGGACCCUGAGGGUCUAUUAACUCCACCGGCCUCCAGCCGGAAAUCGCUUGAUGCAAACAAUCCUCUCGAGGUGACAAAUAAACUGGUGAACAAGACUUAAUAGUUCGUAGGUCCCAACUACUUGUAAGCUCUAAUGAUAUUUUAAACAGUACCAAAAUUUCUUAUAAACGUUCCACUAGUGCGAGAUACAUUGUACGGAACUGCAUCGACGAUAGAUUGAUAGGAGCCGUAACUUUUCUUACCUAAUAGCAAUCUACCGUCGGUUCACAUACUCUAGAGCAGGUAUAUGUUUAAAUUCAUGAUAAUUCAUAAAAAAAACUCGUUGACUUCAAAUGUACAUAUUUAUUGCAGCAAUAAUUCAUUCAAGUAUUACAAUUCAUACUGCCUUACCAUACAAUAUAGUACAAAACUCGUACGUUGAAUUUUCCCUAACAAUCCUGAUCCAAAUUAAUACUUAACUACCCAUCAAAUUCCCAUUAACAGCUAACACCUCUCAAAGAACUUCUAACAAUUUAACACGAUACUCCCUCAAAAUGCAUUCCCUCUCCAACUUACCAAGUGAACUUAACCAUCUCGAUGCUUGUCCCAGUAAUCAAUUAACAUGGAACCCCCAAAUACUAACAACUAACACUCUCUAAUUUUCCUUCCCUUGGAAAACUCUCAACGUGAGUGAUAAAUGAUGGGAUAAUAUCCAACCAUCAAGAGAAUAAAGCGCUAUUGCCCGUAAUACCGAAAAAUAAUCUCUGACCGAUGACUCUUGACUUGAACAGGGUGUGAACAUUGUACAUAAUGUAUGGAAGAAGGCGCGUGUAUCCUUGUAGUAGAUUCGAACGUUAUUGAAAGAGAAUAAAGACGCUUAUUAAAUUAACUGUUAUCGGAAA